CUCAUUUGUAUAUGCAGACGCAUAUAUAGCGCACCAAUACAAACAACGGCUAACUUUGAAAAGUAGAAUUAGUUAGGGUUUAGCGAAUGGCUUCUACAUCGAAUCCAGACACCCAUGAAUCACCGCAGAAAAGCGUCUAUAAAGAUCCGGAUGAUGGACGCCAACGUUUCUUACUGGAACUCGAAUUUGUUCAAUGCCUCGCUAAUCCCACUUACAUUCACUAUUUGGCUCAGAAUAGGUAUUUUGAAGAUGAAGCUUUUAUUGGGUACUUGAAAUAUCUUCAAUACUGGCAACGACCUGAGUACAUAAAGUUUAUAAUGUAUCCACACUGCCUAUUCUUUCUCGAGCUUCUUCAAAAUCCAACAUUUCGUAAUGCAAUGGCGCAUCCUGCUAACAAGGAAGUGGCACAUAGGCAGCAAUUUUACUUCUGGAAGAACUAUAGAAAUAACCGGUUGAAACAUAUUUUGCCGCGGCCGCUUCCUGAGCCUGCAACUGCACCAAGUUCUGCUCCACCUGCAUCACUACCAUCAAGUGUAGCCCCUCCAGCCGCUCCACCUCCUGCUCCUACACCUGUUACAGCUGCAGCUCUUUCCCCGAUGCAGUAUGCCAUCCCUCCUGGAUCUGGUCUUGCUAAAACUGACCCAAGGAAUGCUUCUGUUGAUCGAAGAAAGAGAAACAGGAAAGACGGAUGAUUUUCUUUACUCAUAGCACAUACCUCCUAUCAAUUAAUUCAUGAAUUAAGUUGUAGGUACCGACUCUCAAGGGCCUACUGUCUUUCCAGAAAACUAUGCAAAAGAGGAACUUUAUCCAUUUGGCUUGAAUUGGGUGGUGUGACACUUUAGAAUUGGUACAACCUAGAUCUGUCGACCUGAAAUUAAGUGCAGCACACAAAAUUAUACUAGCUGUAGCACUUCCACAAAAAGGGAAUUCCAAGGAUUUUCAUGUUAUCACUCAUCUCUUUUCCCUUUUUGGUCAAGUGAAGUGCUUCCCCGUAUAUAUUUAUGAGUUUUAGUUAGAAACUAUGCCGUGUGUCCUUCUCUCGACAAGAUGUACUCUUUCCUGUAUACUUAGCACAUAGUUCUCCAAUGUAAAAUCAAGUGUUGUGCUUAUACUUUAUUCUGGUUGGUCAAAUUGACCUAC